CAAAAGUCUACAAUUGAUCAUCAAAUGGUAGCCUUGUGUCUUUAUAGCAACUGCAUGUCGAUAAUAAUCAGAUCUAUAUUACAAGACUCAAGCAAAUGAACCCAUUUAUGAAUCUGAGCAAAUUAACCUUUCUAAAUCUUCUCACUGCAGUUCCCUCUAUCGUGCAAAAUCUCGUCGUCAGAGAGAGUGGAGAGAGAGGGGUGUGGCCGUAAGGGGUCUGUUGCUGCUGAUGCUGUGGAGAUUGCGUUUAUCUCUCAUCUAGUCGUCGCUGUCUGCACUUCGUCCUGUCAACACCGGCGUCAUUCGCGCCCUGGAUGGCUGCAUUUGUAACUCCGGUGUGAGUUAUUUUUUUCCCGAGGACUUUUGACUUAUAAGUAAACAACCAUGACUGACCCAAUGACACAAGAUUCAUUCCCUGUCCCGGAUCCCACAAUCGUGGACCCUUCGGCCGUACGGAACGGCGGGUGCGCGUCUAAUGCGAAUCUAUCCAAAAUACCGAGUCAAGACGAUCCUUUUAAUAUGGACCGGGACCAAGAGAUGAGAAUCACCGACAGCGUUGAUGGUCAAGGUAGCCUGCUGGAGAGCAGCAUGCGACUAAAGCCCCACGAGGCUCAGAACUACAGGAAGAAGGCAUUGUGGGUGUCUUGGAUCUCCAUCGUGGUGACAAUCAUCCUGGCAGUGGCAGCCUUCACUGUUUCAUUCAUGAGACACAGCGCAUCAGCCUUCGGAUUUGCCUUUGACGCCACGUUGGACGUGCUAUCUUCAAUCAUCGUGCUGUGGCGUUAUAGCAACGCAGCAGCUGUCCACUCUGCCCAUAGGGAAUACAUAGCGUGUGUGGUCCUUGGGGUGGUCUUCAUCUUGUCCUCCCUGUGCAUUCUGGGAAAAGCCAUCCAUGACCUGGCCACCAAGCUGCUUCCUGAAGUGGAUGACUUCCUCUUCAGUGUGUCUAUUGUCAGUGGGAUUAUGUGUAUUAUCCUGGCUGUGUUGAAGUUCAUGCUGGGGAGAGUGCUGACCAGUAGAGCCCUCAUCACUGACGCGUUUAACUCCAUGGUGGGAGGAAUCAUGGGUUUCUCCAUCCUCAUCAGUGCUGAGGUGUUCAGACACCACCCUGACGUCUGGUACCUGGACGGCUCCAUCGGCGUCAUCAUCGGACUCGUCAUCCUCGCGUAUGGGGUCAAACUGCUGCUGGACAUGGUACCCAGGGUGAGACAGACCAGGAACUACGAACGCUUUGAGUGAGCCAGUCAUCAGAUUAGUGGGAUGCUCCGAGGACCAGGGUUACACCUGCCACAGCCCCAAUCUCUCUCUCUCUCUCUCUCUCUCUCUCUCUCUCUAUCUCUCUCUCUCUCUCAUGCACCCGCACACACACACACA